GAAUCUGCUGUGUGAUAUAUACCAUCUACAUUUUGAACAGAAAUUGGCAACAUUGUGAGGUAUCAAAAUGCAUCAAAAUACAAGUGUUAUCAAUGUAUCGUUCUCUCUGAGGGAUUUGGUAUUUCCGUUCUCCUGGAGCUAAGAUGUCGGCCUGUGGAUUCAAUGCCGAUCGGUCGCGGAGAUAAGAAUUGCGUCGAGGUUAGAUAAGACUUUUAUUUUGGUCAUUAUUGGCAACAUUAUUCUUUUCUUCUGAACAGAUAUCAACCCGUCUUGAUGUCGUUGCGUUUGUUGAGCAGGCCAAUUUGGCGUACUCCUUUUCGUUAUACUUUGCUAAGUUCUCGCCGUAUUUCUCAAUCCUACAAACCUCCGCCAUUUCCUACCAUACCAAAAUGCCCCUCACCAACAUGUUCCUGCGCAGAGAGCCCCGAGAUGCCAGAAGGCUUCGAGAUAGACCAUUCGAAGCCACUCAACGGGACAAUGGCCGCAUAUGCUGAACAAGUUCUGAUAUGUACGGGGAAGCCAGAUUGGCCUUCUCGUAUCGAGGAAGAAAAUUCCGGGGAUAAUCUCGCUGCGGACAUUAAAGAGUUGAUGGGCCGCGGCGGAACGUAUAGUGAUCCUUACAAUAACGUUUCCAUUACAAACUCAUCUUUUCCUUCUACGGUUGCCUCACAUCGGCCCGAGAUUAUAACGACUUCUGCAUAUAUAGUUCCAUCCUUUAAAUAUAUACCUUUUCUCCCACGAGUAUCGUUCGAUUCUGUGGAAGCUCUGGUAAAAGGAUACUUACUCCCUACGAAAUUACACCCCGCACACGAUAACCUCUCUCCGAUACACAAAGAUCGUUUGUUGCGAAGUAAAGAGCAGGCAGAUUUCCUACCCGCUGUGAAAGACGUGAAGGAUAUAUUGGUAUUGAUCUGCGGACACGGAGGACGAGAUGUGAGAUGUGGAAUUAUAGCUCCAAUCUUGCGAGCCGAAUUUGAAAGAGCCUUAUCGGCGAAAGAAGUACAGGUCUUGCACGGUGCAGUGGAAGUAGGUGACGGGAGCUCUGCAGAAAGGCUAGAAGGAACGAUCGAACCAGUUGGAAACACUGCAAGAAUUGGAUCGAUAAGUCAUAUUGGAGGACACAAAUUUGCUGGGAACGUUAUAUUGUAUAUUCCACCUCAUACAAAGACGAAAGACGGCGAAGCUCAUCCAUUCGCCGGAUGUGGGAUCUGGUACGGGAGAGUGGAACCAAAACACGUAGAAGGGAUUGUGCAGGCGACAUUAUUAGAAGGAAAGGUCGUCGAAGAGUUAUUCCGCGGUGGUAUUAGACAGGGUGGUGAAAUUUUGAGGCUAUAAACUUCUCUAUAUUCUCAUAGGAACCAUACAUGUAGCAACACAGUGUAAAGUGAACCUGUCGACGGAGCAGCAAAGUAUCGACGAACGUUGGUGAGGAUAGACAAUAGACUGUAGCAACAACAAUUGAAUACAGGAAAUACCUUUAUGAUAGGUAAACUUCCAAGGUAAAUUGUAAAUCACGCAAGUUGCACUGGAGAAGGGUGAAGUCUCAACUCAGGGUGACGAUCCAGGGAGGCAAAGUGUCCACAUUCUGAUCAUCUUAGCAAGCCCGCCACAAUGCACGAAAAUCACUCA